CACCACACCUGACAUUGUCAACAAAAUGGACGCCUGUGUUACGCUAACAAAGGAGGUAUGUAACCUCAUAAGUGACCGUCUAAAGACUGUUCAUGAGGAAUAUAAUAACCAUCUUGAGAAAGAAAGAGUAAGAGAAGUGUUAAGCAAGAACGAAUAUGGGUCUGUUUUUGGCGACAGCAUAACGGAAACUGCAAGCUCUAUAGAGUUGUCAGAGCAAUUGAGCCAUCACUCUGGCUCAUACUGUACCCGCAGCAGUAGAGUAGAUGCAGAAGCAGAGCUUGCUGCCAAGCUGGAGCAAUCAAAGGCUAUGGAAGAAAUUCGAGCACAGCAAGCACAUCUUCACAAGUUAGAAAGUGAAUGGAAACUCAAAGAGGCAAAAAUGUUGUCAGAAAUUAAACUAAAAGAGGUGGAAAUGCAACAACAGUUGGAACAAGAAAGAGCAAAACUACAGCAGUUACAAGCAGACAAAGAAGUUGCUAUAGCAACAGCUCGCGUGAAGGCGUACAACAGCCUUGAAGGAUUUGAGAACCACAACGGGGAAAUUGACAGCAAAAUUAGCUCUGCUUGCUACAGAAGGCAAAUUGAACCUCAACUGAAUCCAAACGCCGCAUCAUUCCAACCUCACCAAGCAAUUCCAGAAAUGACAAUGACCCAGGAGUCUGUCAGCUUAGCACAAGCAAUCGCUAGCUCAUUAAGUAUGAAUCGCUUGCCAGUCCCUGAGCCUGCCACAUUCAGUGGGGAUCCUUUGCAGUUUACCGAUUGGAAGAUGUCAUUCAUGAAUCUGAUUGACCGAAAACCCCUUCCAGCAAGCGAGAAGAUGUUUUAUCUGAAAAAUUAUCUCGCAGGAGAAGCAUGCAAAGCGGUAGAAGGUUUCUUUUACCAAGAUUCAGAAAAUGCAUACAAGGGAGCAUGGAAGGUUUUAGAUGACAGAUAUGGGAACCCAUUCAUUAUACAGAAAGCAUUUCGUGAUAAACUCAUGAGAUGGCCAAAAAUCAGCGCAAAUGACCCACUAGCGCUACGAGAGUUUGCCGAUUUCCUCAAAGGAUGCUCUGAAGCAAUCCCACACAUCAAAGGACUAGCUAUCCUAAACGAUUGUGAAGAAAAUCACAAAUUGCUCAAAAAACUGCCAGAAUGGAUCGUGCGCAAGUGGAGUCGAAUUGUUGUAGAUGAACUUGACGAAUCUGGCACCUAUCCAAAUCUUGCAUGCUUCACAGACUUCCUGAGUAGAGAAGCACGGAUUGCUUGCAACCUGAUAGCUUCUCCACUGUUAAUGAAUUUCAAACCUGUAGAUGAUCGAAUCCCAAAGAGAGCCAAAGUCUUCAACACAAACAUGCAACCAAAGAGUUCCGCUCAAGAGAAACAAGACACAAACAUUAGUAAACCAAAAUCACCUUGUUCUGUUUGUAAAAAUGAAACUCAUGGAAUCUCAAAGUGUCCCAUCUUCGCAGCUAAGAGUGUUGAAGAUAAAAAGGCAUUCAUCCAUGAAAACUGGCUUUGCUUUGGAUGUUUAAGAAAAGGUCAUAUCACCAAAGAUUGCAAAAGGCGACACACCUGCAACAUUUGUGAACGUCGUCAUCCAACCUGCCUGCACGAAAACAGGAAGCAAAAUCCUGCAGAAGCAGUAACAAAUAGUUCCGCUCCCACGGAAGAACCUGCAAGCCAGGAAACACACAAGGUCAUGUCUCAUACAUCAACACAACGUGUUUCAGCCACCUCAAGUAUUGUCCCAGUCUUUGUGUCUUCUGUACAAGAACCACAGAGAGAAAUACUCACCUAUGCUAGACACACAAAGUGACUCAACAUUUGUCUUGGAGGACAUACUUGAUAAGCUGAAUGUGGAUGUCCAACCAGUAAGACUGAAACUCAGUACCAUGACGGCUAUUGACACAGUCAUCUCGAGUAAGAGUGUUCAUGGUUUACAAGUUAGAGGACUCCACUCUGAAAGUUGUAUCCAACUACAACAGGCUUAUAGCCGCGACUUUAUCCCAGUGGACAAGUCGUACAUCCCAACGAAGGAAACAGCAUUACUGUGGCCUCAUCUCAGAAGCUUGGCGGAAAAGUUGCCGCCUCUCCAAGAUUGUGAUGUAGGGCUCCUGAUUGGAUAUGACUGUCCAUCUGCGCUGGCUCCUCUUGAAGUCAUCAUAGGUGACAAGCAUGAACCCUUCGCACAAAGGUCAGAACUAGGAUGGAGUAUAAUUGGCUCAUCAAACCCCCACCUAGACAGACAAGGAAACCAGAGCUUUGUGCAUCGGCUCACAGUAAAAGAGUUGCCUGUUCCAUCAGCGACAGAUGUUCUAAAAGCCCUGGAAUCAGAUUUUGCUGAGAGAACCUAUGAGAACAAAUAUGUGUCCCAAGAAGAUGUCCAUUUCAUACAGUUCCUCAGUAAUCACAUCACACAAAGGGAAGACGGACAUUACGAAAUGCCUCUCCCUUUCAAAGGCAACAGCCCACCCAACCUGCCAAACAACAAGAGGUUAGCCACAGUGCGUCUACAGUGUCUCAAGAAAAAACUAAAGGCUAACAAACAAUACUACGAUCAGUACCGAACAUUCAUGGAAGAAACCAUCAACAGGGGUGAUGCAGAGCCUGCUCCUACAGCAUCUCAGGGGCAGACUGAGUGGUACCUGCCACAUCAUGGAAUCUAUCACCCCAGGAAGCCGGACAAGCUAAGAGUUGUUUUUGAUUGUUCGGCCAAAUCCCAUGGUGUCUCUCUUAAUGAUACCCUAUUAACUGGACCUGAUCUCAUCAACCCUCUGGUUGGGGUGCUUUGCAGAUUUCGGAAAGAAGCCGUGGCCGUAAUCUGUGACAUUGAAAGAAUGUUCUAUCAAUUCACUGUCACCCCUGAAUCCAGAAACUAUCUGAAAUUCCUCUGGUGGAAAGAAGGUGAUUUGGAGAAAGAACCUCAGGAGUACAGAAUGGCAGUUCAUCUGUUUGGAGCUGCAUCAUCUCUAGGAUGCGCCAAUUUUGGUUUAAAGCAUCUUGCACAACAACAUCAAACCGAUUAUCCUCUAGCAUCAGCCUUUGUGGAGAAAAACUUCUACGUUGAUGAUGGAUUAGCCAGCGUUUCAUCAGUUGAGGAAGCCAAAGAACUGAUCACUCAGUCACAAGAGUUGUGCAGAAAAGGAGGCCUGCGCCUUCACAAAUUCAACUCAAAUGAAGAAGCUGCUCUCUCCAACUUAGACCCUUCUGAAAGGGCAGCAACCAUUGAACCUCGUGGGUUUGACCCAUCCGCUUCAGAACGCGCUCUUGGCAUUCAAUGGUCGAUAAAGGAUGACACCUUCAGCUUCAACAUCAGCCUGAAAGAUCAGUCUUCGACCUGCCGUGGUUGUUUGUCUGUCAUUGCCUCACUCUACGAUCCACUUGGAUUUAUCGCUCCAUUCAGCCUAAGUGGAAAACAUAUCCUACAAGAGCUUUGUCACAGAGGCAUUGGAUGGGAUGACCCACUCCCAGAAGAUGUGAAGCCACGGUGGGAGAAAUGGAUAAAUGGUCUUUUCAAGUUGAAUGAGGUCUCGAUUCCAAGAUGUUACCACCCACACGACUUCCAAAACAUUGUCAGAGUAGAGCUACACCAUUUUUCGGACGCCAGCUGCGUAGGAUAUGGUGCAUGUUCUUACCUGAGAUAUAAAAAUGACAAGGACGAGGUUCAUUGCAGCCUUGUGAUGGGAAAAGCAAGGGUGGCACCCUCAAAGGUCACAAGUAUCCCGAGGCUUGAACUCGCAGCGGCGGUGGUUUCCGCAAAAGUAAGCGUCCUGUUAAAGGCUGAGCUUGACAUGAAAAUUGAUGAUGAGUUCUUCUGGACCGAUUCCCAAGUGGUACUUGGUUACAUCAACAAUGACGCUCGCAGGUUCCACAUAUUUGUUGCAAACCGUGUUCAACUCAUUAGAGACAACAGCAAUCCCAAUCAAUGGUAUUAUGUGGACACCUCAGAAAACCCAGCGGAUCAUGCAUCCCGAGGGCUCCAUGUUUCAGACAUCCACUCUACAAACUGGCUGCGAGGACCAAAGUUUCUCUGGGAACGCGAGUUACGUCUAACACCCAGCACUCCAGCUGAGUUACUUGUUGGUGAUCCCGAAGUCAAGACAAUUCAGGUGCUUGCAACUGACGUCAGUACCUUCAAUGAUAUUCUCGAUCGUCUGAAUCAGUUUUCAUCUUGGACGAAACUCAUAAAGGUGGUUGCAAGAAUCAAAACACUGAGGUCUCAAAAAAGGCAUACUGAACAUGCAACUAUCGAGGAGCGUGAGAAGGCUGCUGAAGCAGUGAUAAAGAUCGUACAGCAGCACGCCUUCCCUCAUGAAAUAAAAACGCUUCAAGCCAAAAGGGACCUUCCAAACUCAAGCUCUCUCUUCAGUCUUGACCCCAUCUGGUCUGAUGGAUUCUUGCGUGUUGGUGGGAGAUUAAAGUGGUCGUCUCUUUGCCACAAAGUGAAGCACCCACUCAUCUUACCAAGCAACAGUCACAUAACCAAGCUGAUUGUGUCCCACUACCAUGCUAAGACAUGCCAUCAAGGUCGAAGCCAGACACAAAUGGAGCUUAGAGCAAAUGGAUUCUGGGUCAUUGGUGGGAGCAAGCUGGUGGCCAAAACGAUACACACCUGUGUGCUUUGCAGGAAACUUCGACGACCUACAGAGAGCCAGCGAAUGGCUGAACUCCCUAAAGAACGUCUUGAAGCCUCAGCACCCUUCACAUUUAGCGGCAUGGACUGCUUUGGCCCGUUCAUUGUAAAGUCAGCACGCAAAGAACACAAAAGAUAUGGUCUGAUUUUCACGUGUCUGUACUCAAGAGCUGUCCAUAUUGAGAUGCUUGAAGAUUUGUCAACAGAAUCUUUCAUCAAUGCAUUGAGAUGCUUCAUCAGCCUUAGAGGAGCUGUCCAACAAUUACACUGCGACCAAGGUUCCAACUUUGUUGGUGCCAGGAACGAAUUCAAGGAAGCACUUAAGCAAUGCGACACCAAGCAAUUGGAGACCUUCUUAUCUGAAAAACAGUGCGAAUUUGUCUUCAACGCCCCUUCCGCAAGCCAUGCAGGAGGUGUCUGGGAAAGGCAAAUAAGAACGGUCAGGAAUGUGUUGAAUGCUACCUUCGCACAGUGCCCAGGUCGACUUGAUGAUGCCUCUCUCAGAACGCUGCUAUAUGAAGCCAUGGCUAUUGUCAACAGUCGCCCAUUAUCAGUUGAUGGAAUUAAUGAUCCUCAUGCACUGGAACCUUUAACGCCAAAUCAUCUCAUCAUGAUGAAAACAAAGGUCGUUCUUCCACCCCCUGGAGUGUUCGUGAAGGAAGAUUUGUAUGCUACAAAAAGAUGGAGAAGAGUCCAAUAUCUUAUUGAACAGUUCUGGGGCCGCUGGAAAAGAGAGUAUCUGCUCAACAUUUCAACAAGGCAAAAAUGGCACUUACCUCGGCGUAACCUCAAGGUCAAUGAUAUCGUUGUUAUCAAGGACGACAACCUUCCACGAAACCAUUGGCAGCUAGGUCGAGUUGUGGAGACCUUUCAAGACCAUGAUGGCUUAGUCCGUCGAGUUAAAGUACGAGUUGGGGAGAGAAAGUCUCAAAGAAAGCAAGAUGCCCCUUCUAAACCUUCAGUUAUUGAGAGACCAAUCCAAAAACUAGUACUACUCCUUGAGAAUUAAAUAUAAAACAAAAUAUGUUAAGACAAUAAUAGUUAUGUUUAUACACUACCUCAAUGCACGAAGUACACUUACCUGUAUAACUCUGAUAGUUCAAUUCAGUCAUCCAUUUAUUAGUAUAAGAAAAUCCUGUACAAUUCACUUGCUUUGUGAAUUUGUUCGUUCAUUGUAUCAGGAUUUGGUGGGAGUGUAAAUGCCGGCAAAGCCACUUUACUUUGUGCUUUUAUUUUGAAGAGUACCUUAGCACUUCCUCUUUUAUUGUGUCAGACUUCCUGUUCUGUUCUCAGUGAAACGACACGAACACAUUGCUUCAGAACUGGCAAAGAGAUGUGCAUGGAGGAGGUUGGCUAGCUGGUUCAGCAUGAUUAGCACCCUUGGAAGCAGAAAGAGUUUUCACGGUGCCAUAUUGUCGGUGGUUUAAAGAGGAGAGAAUAAAGUUGGAUCAGUCGAAGCUCUCUGCAUCACGUGUGGUAAUUCCAAGUGGGCAGCUACAGCCUUAUGGUUCCAAGCGCAAUCUUUGCAUUUUGUUAUUAUCUCAUGAUACUUGUUUAAUGAGCUACCAUCUCUCCUGUGGACUUUUGAAU